UUUUUGGCGCAGGGCAUCUAAAGAAGCUGCUACUUCAACUGGAAUAUUAACCUGCUGUAACUCUGUAAAUACCAGAAAACAACGACUUUUAGGCUUUAUUUAAUAAGUUGUUGCAUCCGUUAUCAUUAUAAUUAUAUUAAUAUGAGGAGAGUAAGCAGCGCUUGUUUUAUAUAUUGGUUUUUUGUCUACAUUUCCUCGGGUUUUGCAACUAACGUUACGAUUGAGCCACCGAGUGAAUUUACCACUUUUGAUGACAUCAUGGAAAAUGGCACAGAAUGGAUGACGGACUUCAGUGAUAUAGAGUCCAAGUUUUCCUUCAGGACCAGCGAAGAACCCGAAGAGGAUCUGUGCUACAUAGUUCCAGGUCAGCCCGAAACCAUCAGAGAAUGUAACUUCAAUCCAGAAAACAAGACUUUCAUAGUUAUUCACGGAUGGACGGUUACGGGUAUGUUCGAAAGCUGGGUUCCCAAACUGGUAACAGCCCUGUAUGAACGAGAGCCAACAGCCAACGUGAUUGUGGUGGACUGGUUAUCCCGCGCGCAACAACACUACCCUACAUCAGCCGCCUACACCAAACUAGUGGGAAGGGACGUAGCCAAGUUUGUCAACUGGUUACAGGCUGAGAUUGACUAUCCUUGGGAGAAGCUCCAUCUGUUGGGCUACAGUCUUGGCGCUCAUGUAGCAGGAAUCACUGGUUUUCUAACCAAACAUAAAGUUAACAGAAUCACAGGCAUGGAUCCUGCUGGCCCUAGUUUUGAGUAUGCAGAUGCCCAAAGCACUCUUUCCCCCGAUGAUGCCCUUUUUGUGGACGUUCUUCACACCAACACCCGCGGUUCCCCAGAUCGCAGCAUUGGGAUUCAGAGGCCAGUGGGCCACAUUGACAUCUACCCCAAUGGAGGAACAUUCCAACCCGGCUGUGACCUCCAGAACACCGUGUUUAUGGUGGCCACCAGUGGUUUAAGAAACAUGGAUCAGAUCGUGAAGUGCUCCCAUGAGCGCUCCAUUCACCUGUUCAUCGACUCGCUGGUGAACCAGGAGCAAGAAAGUUUUGCUUACCGUUGCAGCUCCAAAGACAUCUUCAACAAGGGCAUGUGCCUCAGCUGCCGCAAGAACCGCUGCAACAAGGUCGGCUACGGAGUGAACAAAAUCCGCACACGCAGGAGCAGCAAGAUGUACAUGAAGACCAGAGAUGUUAUGCCAUAUAAAGUUUUCCAUUAUCAAGUGAAGGUGCACUUCUUCGGCAAGACAAAAUUAAGCUACACUGAUCAGCCCAUGAAGAUCUCAUUGUACGGAAUCCACGGCGAGAAGGAAAAUAUGCCCUACAUUAUGCCUACUUUGAACACAAAUGCCACCCAGUCUUUCCUGCUUACUACGGAUGCAGACAUCGGAGAGCUAAUGAUGGUUAAACUAUUCUGGGAGAAAGACACCCUCAUCAGCUGGCCAUGGUGGAACCCAGAUACCUUCCACAUCCGUAAACUACGCGUCAAAUCAGGAGAAACUCAGUCGAAAAUCAUAUUCAGAGCCAAAGAAGGUGAAUUUUCCUACCUUUCCCGUGGAGGAGAGGCCGCGGUCUUCGUGAAAGACAAAGAAGCCCAGUCGAGCAGCAAAAACCAGAGAUUGCACAAGUUGAAGAUGCAUGGAAGUUCAUUCAAACAGAGCACAGAGUAAAAACACACGUCAUAAUCCACCUCUUCUGUGAUCUGGCAAAGAAACUGCCAGGGAAACUGGAUUGGUAGAUGCUAACCUCUCCCAAAAAAUCAGACUAGUAACCUUCACCCAAAUUCAGAAACACAUCCUGCAAGAAACCACAUCUUGAAAACAUUGCUGCCAUGCAGUUUUAAAACAAAACCAUUUCUUCAGAUGCCACUUGAGAGACUCAUUGCAGGUCAUCUUAGAUCUGGCUAGACAAUCUUUACUACGUCUUUAAUCCAUAAAAAUGAUAAUCAAGUCUCUAUGCAACAUAUUUAUGCAAGUAAUCAGUUCCAGUCUAUCUAAAAAUUACUUGCACUUAGUUAAAAGGAUUGGCUAGUUCCCCACCAAAGAGACUCUUCUUUUGGAAAAAGAUGCCACUUGAAACAUGUUACUGUUUGUUUGAUUUUUCAGUAUUACUCUUGAUAGUCCACUUAGAGACAAAAUAACUAGGUUAUUCAGCCGUUUGUUGGGGUAUACUGUGAAUUAGGUUUUGCCAAAGCAGUUUUCUAGCUAUGCUAAUCCUCUUUGCCUCAGUUACUGAAAGUAAAACUUUAAGAUUCGUCUUUGUUUGCAACUGAAAAUCAGUCUGAAUGAAUUGCUUUAACAUAAAUGGGACCAAAUCCUCUGUUGAAUCAAGAUGAAGUGAUAACUGUAAAUAUUUGUAAUUACUAUUAUAUAUACUUACAAACAGCUCUUCAUAUGUCUACCUUUCUUUCAUUUAUUGGGUUAUUGUGUCUGGCACAGGUCACUUUAAAGGCUUUGCCUCCCUUUGAUUCAGUAUUGUUUGGUAAAAGAGCAAAAUCAACAAACAAUGCUCCCACUUAUAUAGUUUUUUUUUUCUCACCUGUUCAAUUCAGUUUUGUUUGGUAAAAGCAAAAUUAACAAAUUAUUCUGCCACUUUUAUUUUAUUUCUCUUAACCCCCUUCAUGGCAACUUUAGUUUACACAUGAGCCAGCCAAGAAGUAAAACAAGAUUCAUUUGAUCUGAGAAAUGUUGACAGUUUUCCAGGCCUGACAGGGUUGACUACCCCACAUAAUAGCCACAAAUACACCAAAACUGUUCAUUUUUUCCUAUUUAUUAUAUGUAUAUAUUUGUAUAUUAGGCACCUAAUAUAUGUUUUCCAUGUUUCUGAACUGUUCUUGCCUUUUCUUUUGAAUUAUGUAGCCUCUCUAUUUUUAUAAACAAAAGUUGACUGAUUGAAGUCACUGGAAGGAAAUGAAAUGAUCAGUUGUGAUAUUAUGAAUCUAUAUGCCAUGCACUGUAUGAUGUUAUUUUAAUAAAUAUUGAUACGGUA